AUGGUAGCAGGCACAUGUAGACGAACAGUCCGUGUGUGGAUAACAGGCAUCAACGGCAUGAUAGGCUCCAACAUCGCCAAGGCCCUGGUUAGACUAUCUCACUCCGAAGACCCCACGAGGCCUCAUUACACUGUGUUCGGGUUGGUGCGGUAUCGGGCUAACCUUGGCAAUCUUGCUGGCGUGUUGGAAGACGUCCACUUGACCUAUGGCGAUCUCAGUGAUGCCCAGCGUAUACGGAGUAUCGUCCAAGAGGUCCGGCCGCAUCUAGUGUUUCACUUUGCUGCCCAAGGAAUCAAUGGAGUAUCCUUCCAGUCUGAGUCCCUCACCUAUCAGUCGAAUGUGGAAGGCACCUCUAAUGUGAUGCAAGCCCUUCGAGGGAGUGGGGCACGAGUACUGGUGGCAAGCAGUAGCACGGUGUAUGGAAGUACCUCAGACAGUGUAGACUAUAUAGGCCGGCCUAUUCCCGAGUCGGCACCGAUGAGCCCGGUCUCCCCCUAUGGUGUUAGCAAGGCGGCCACUGAGAUGAUGUGCUUACAGCAGUACAAAGCCCAUGGCACGCACUGUGUGGCGGUCCGCUUGUUCAUUCACGUGUCGCCUGGGGGGACUGAGGCCUUGGCCUUACAGGAGUUCUGUCGUCAAGUUGCGGUGAUUGAAGGUGGCAAGCAGGAGCCGGUCAUAAGGCAUGGCGCUCUGAAGACUCGACGAGACACAACAGAUGUCCGCGACUCGGCCGAGCAGUUUAUCAAAGUCUUGGAGAGCUCAGCCCCAGGAGAGGUCUACAAUGUGGGGAGCUUCAUGGGAGAGGCCACUGGGGAGGAUGAGCACAAUGGGGUAUUGUCAACUGAAGACCUCCUUAGUUUGGUGUUGGAGGAGUCCCCCAUGGGGUCUCGGAUCGAGCUGAGACAGGAUGAUAGUAGGAUGAGGGCCUACGAUGAGGCGGUCCUUAUUGCUGACAACGCCAAGGCUCCUGGACACAUGAAAGAGUACAAAGCCACCUUGUGCCAAUGCAUCCAGCACCAGGCCUCGACCAGCCUACUCGUCGGCCGCAUGUCGCAGUUGAACUGUUUCCUAAUGAGCCUGUUAUUGACUGCUCGAAAAGGGCCUACCUUGCGGCCUCUAGGGGCCCGAUGCCUAACAGAUGGGCCUCUGCCCAGUCAUGGUAAGGCAGUAUGGAUGUUCAAGGACAAGCCCAAUACUCUGGCGGAUAGGAGGAUACGACCUUCGACACUCAAAAACCGGUCUACGAGGAAAAAUUGGCCCUACUACAGCACGAAGUACUUCUCGAAGACGUAUUAUCAGACGGACUUUAAUAACCCGACACUGGACAAGUCCAAUACGAAAGUCCAUAUUGUAUACGAGCCCUUCGCUGGUGAGUUGGAUGGGGCCUGUGGCAUCGCGUGGUAUUGGUCCAUGCUAGAAACUGAUGUCUACAUUACUCUGCGGAAUGCCCUUCAACGAGCCUUCCCUGGUAUCACUGUAACAGGAGAAGGCUUCUCGACGGCCUCCGAUAAGGGCUGGUUUAAGGUCUAUCGCAUGAACGACAAGAGGGUUCUAUUCUGUGCUCAGCCGCAGUCUUUGACCCCGGACAAAGCUAAGGAGAUGGGCAGGACCUACGACCGGGACUCCCCUGUCAUUGCUGGCUUACAGCCAGAGCCGAGUGACCGGUCGUCGGUCCUUGACGCUGGGGGGCUGACCAAAUGGGCUGAGGACACCAAGCUGGCUCUGAAGGCUUUCAAGGCUCUAUCCAGGGACUUCACCCCACCUCUGGACCCCAGCCUGCGAAUUGACGAUGUUUCCACAUCUGUUGAUAUACAAUUCCCAUCACGCAUGGUGGAGGCAAAUCAGAUCCUGGACCGGUGUAUGGAAGACGGCACGGACCCUCCCACGAUGGACGAAUUACGGGAAGCCCGAGCACGCAGGGUUGGGCACCUGGCAUCGGAGAAACUGAAACAUGACUAUGGUGGAGGCGAAGUGAGGAAGCCCUUGAGCCACAUCGAGGUCCGCAGGGUAGCACCCUUCAAGGCCAACCGUAGUGGUCUACCCUCGGACCACGCCAAGCUGGUGAAGAAUGCAGAGGAGGACCUCCUUGGUCGAGAGGAUCUCCACAGGAUGCCAGAUGGCAGUGAAGUGGUCAUAACAGUUGACGUCUACCACACUGACCAACGAAACUUCCGUAAAAACGAUCACUACGAGUCUUUCGAGGUCCUGGGUAGUCAGACGUUGAAGGAACUUCGACAAUCCUUUAGUUUCUCUGCUGACAGAGUGUUUGAUGGGCCCAAGUACGCCAAAUCAGCCUGCCUCAUUAUGGGACAUACUGUGUACACGGACUCUCCAGAGGAGCCCUCGGCCAGCGACAAGUUAGUCGACUAUGAAGGCUACAUCAAGAACUGGCUACGAGUCCACGAUGCUAACUUCACCCAGACACAACGAGCAGGUCUUCCCGAGGUCACUUUCGGCGAGAUGCGAACGACUACGGUCCAAGAGGCAGUGGAUCGCCUCUAUCGGUUGUCCCCGAAGGCCCACUCAAUGUGUUGUUUCUACCUGCACUAUACCAACGAGGAGGAGCGAAUUUACUUCACCAAUGCUACCGUUUUGGACAGCCGUGUCCAUUCGCUGGUGCGUGAAGUGUACCCAUUGAGGACAUUCCAGAAGCAGAAGUUGUAUUUGAAGAUGUGUUCGUUGUGCAACAGCGCAUUCGCCAACAUGGUCGUUCUGAACGACCCCGUACUGCCCAACAACCCCACCUAUUGCUGCAAGGCGUGCUACAGAAGACUGCGAUCUGAUAACACUGGCCAUGCUGUCAGGCCGGACCAAACUCAUCUGGAUACGACGCGGCAGCCGAUCAUCACGUAUAACUAUUAUCAAUAG